GUAAGAACAAAGAAGAGUCACAGUAUUUCAGACUUGAUCAGUUGUUAUAUUCCGCCACAUCAAAACGGUGGCGUUUUCACCCCCGCCCCUCGGGCAACAAGGUCUUCGCGUCAAUCAAUUAAAUCGUUAGCCGUUAGGUCGUCCUCGUUACCAAAAUCAUGCCACCGCCGCCACCAGCACCAGAUCUUCCUGGGUUUUACUAUGACCCUGAGAAGAAUAGGUAUUUCCCCAUCAAAGGUCCCAUACCAGGCUCUUCUCGUUCUUCCUUUUCUUCUUCCUCUUCAUCUUCAAAGCAUGCUACUCACAAAGCAUCCCAAACAUCUUCAACUCAGGAAAAGAGUAGGAGUUGUUGCAGGAAACUUAGAAGCAGAACCUCCAAGUUGAUUCAGGCUAGGGAGAUAGAUGGUCAUCGUGUCAUUGCUUCCCACAAUUACAAGUGUAACUUCACUGAGGAGUUUAGGAAAAUACAAGCAUCACAGCCUUCGGUAUGGAAGUAUAAGGGAACAGAUAAGAUUGGUAUUAGUGCUUUGAAACAGGUGCAUGUCCGUGUGCAGACAUUUGAGGGUGAAUGUGAUAGUGAUAUUAUAUUGACAGGCAGCACCAAUGGCUCAUUCAGUCUUUGUGAAGUUGGAAGGGAUGGGGGAUAUUUUGAUGGUGAGGUUAAGUGGACGCCCGAUUGUGUGAAGAGUUAUGCUAAAGGGAAAACUGAUGAGAAUAAUGUGGUGCCUGGUCCAGUUUCAAGACCUACUGGAGGGUCCGUGGUUAUGUCAUCUGGUAUAUCUUGCAUAAGAUCAGGCCCAGAGUGCUCUUCUCAUGCUGCAAAUGGCGGUCCUAUUGUUGGACAUGCAUUGUUUACAACUUUGGGUUCAGAGACAUCUGGUGGGUCAAUUUAUUCUCUUGGCCUUGUGGAAUCAUUAGAUCUUGGGUCAGGUAUACUGAACACAUGGAGCAGACUGGAUGAAGUUGCUUCUUUCAAGUGUACCAUUUGGACAGCAGAAUAUGAUUAUAGUAGACAUCGGGCUAUAAUUGGUACCAACAUGGGAGCUGCAUUGGUGGAUUUGGCAACUGGGAGGAGAUCAUGGUUUUUACGAUGUAAAAGUGAUAUCUUUGCACAGCAGAUUGUUAAUUCACUCAGUGGAGAUAUAGACCCUUCUCUUACCAUUAGAAUGCCUUCAUCUAUAUCCAGUUUGGUAUCACUUCAGUAUGAUGAUCAGUACUUCUUGGCAAGCUCCAUGGACGGAACGAUGAGGCUCUAUGAUCUUCGCCUGCUUCAGAGAGGUUCUGUUCAAUCUUAUGAAGGGCAUGUGAAUUCCCAUUCGCGUAUACAACUUGGUGUUGACCCAGCUGAGAGAUUUGUUAUGUCAGGUGGAGAGGAUCGCAACCUACGGUCAUGGAGUAUCAAAACUGGCAAACUUCUUUUUGAGGAGAAAUUCUGUGAUUCAGUUCUCUCCAGUGUUUGCUAUCAAUCAUGUAAAGGGUUUAAAGAUGAGGAUGAAAAGAACCAACACAAGCAUGAAUCUUGUAUGGGUGCAUGGCUUGGAUCACAUGAUGAAGGACUAUUUUAUAUGCGCUGGUUAUGUGUGUGAAGCUCCUACACUGCUACUAGUAUUAUGAUAUAUAUAUACACCAAAUUUUGAUAUGAUAGUUUAUGUAAUAUGCUUAAAUGAAAGCCCUAUGCAAAUGUAAAUUAGGUCCUUCUGAUUUCUGAACUACCAGGGUUGUAGAUAACUAGAUAUAUCUUAGGGAUAGGCUUUUAUUUUAAGAUUUGAUUUCUUGAUUUAUCUGGAUUAUGAUUUCAGUGUUUGGUCAAUGGUAUGAAGAAAGUAGAUGUUUAGUUAUUAUUGAAUUUAUGAUUUUUAUUGUGGAUGAA